AUGAGCCCGACCGAGAUGAGAGCGCAUCUCGCGCUGCGUUACAUGGCAGCGCCUGUCAUCAUAACAGCGAUGGUGCUCGAUAACGACACGUUUGGGAGACCCAAUCCGUGCAUUAACCCCUUCCUCCCCCGCACCAGCGAUCGGCCGCGCCCGGGGUCCCACUCCCGCCCCCCGCACGGCGCCCCCGCCCUUCGCCGCGAGGCUCCCGUAAGCACCGACGUGUCCGCGCCCCCCGGGCCCCCCCGCAUCCCCCGCCCGCCCGGCCGGUCCCCCGCCCGCUCCGCAGCCGCGCUGGUGCCGCUCGGGGCGGCGGCGGCGAGCGCGGCUCCGGCACCAACUUUGGGAGCGGAGCGAGCGGAGCAUCCCCGGCGGGGGCGGCGCGGCCAUGCUGGGGCCGGCGGCGCGGAUGGCGCUGGGCGCGGGGAGCUGCCGGGGCGGCUGCUGGCGCUGCUCUGGCCGGCUUUGGUGCUGGCGGCCGCCGCGGCCGCGCUGCUCGUCCUGCGGGGGCUGCGGGACCGAGGGGCCGCGCCGGGACCCCCCCGCCGCUGCGCCGCCAGGGAGGAGGAGGAGGGGGAUGGUCCCGCGGGGGCCGGCGGCCGGGCGGCCGGGGCGCUGCCGGCGCGGCAGCCGGAGGAACAAAGGCGCACGGCGCAGGUUCCAGUGAAUGGCCAUCUUAUCACAUCAGUCAACAUCAGAGAGAAAAAGCUCCUCAAGCCUAAGAAGAAGAGGAAAACCCAGUGCUCAGACAAGGAAGUGCCAAAAGAUCUGCUUUCUGUGGAAAAAGACAAACUGCAAGAGGAAGAAGGAGUUUGGCAGACCAAGAUCAGCAGCCGUGAAAAGAGACACUUAAGGAAGGAAAGACUGAAACAGAAAGACCCCAGCAGAGCAUCUCUGGGUAGCUCAGCGGUUGAGCCAGCCUUUGACUGGGAUGAGAAGAGAGCAGUGUGGCCACUCACAGAGGACACUGGUGGUGGUGGAAAAGGUGCUUUCUUUGCCAAGGCAGAGUGUGGGACUGUGCUGAAGGGUUCAGGAGCCCUACGGGAAGAAUUGGCAACCUCCAGAUCAGAAGACGAUGUUUUCUCCAAUGUAGGAACAUGGGAUAUUGCAGAUGUAAAAUCCUGCCCUGUGACCUUUGGGACAUUGUCAGAUCUCUCCCGGGAUUUAGAUAAUGUGAAGAGUAAAUCGUCUGAGGACAGUCCUUCCAGAUGCUGUUGGCAUGGCAGCUCGACUUUUUUCCCAGGAGAUGAUGCGUGGCAGGGGCAGGGUGACCUUUCCAUGAUUGACCUGGACUCUGACUGGAAGGCUCCCACGGAGGAGUGGGGAAACUGGACUGGAGAUGAGGAACAUCAGACGAAGGAUGAGAAGAAGGAUUUGCCAAAAGGCAAAGCAGGCAUUCGUUUCUGUCUUUCUGGACCUGAAAGCAAAACACAACGGAAGAAGAAGAAGAAGAUGGAAGUGAAGGAAGCAAAGGGUGGAGCUGGACUGAGGCAUCCCCAGCAAGGUUUGCAAACAAGAAUGGAAGAAGGCCCCAGGGACUUGAUAUCUACAAGAGAUAGCAGUGAUGCAGUCAGUGCUUCCUUCGAAAAAUCCUUGGACAUUGUUAAUAAUUCAUCCAAUAAUGGUGUACCUGGAAAAAAGGAGAGGAGGAAGAGGAAGAAAAUGAAGAAAGAGACUUGAGGGAGCUGUGUAGCUGCCAGAGUGCCAACCUGAUGGGGCAGACAUGCCAAUGAGCUGCAAGGAUUCUGCUUUCUGCGAUGCCGCUGAGCCCCAGGCAAAGAGAGGCUCUGGGAGACCUCCCAGCAAGAGGAAGAGAAGAGGAGCAGUGAGCCAGAGAGCGUGAGUGUGUGAGAGAGGAGAGAGGGAGCAGGCUGUGCACAGGAGGUGGUUUUGAAACAGAGUGGCUGUUCAUUGCAAGCUGCUGCCCUUGAUCAAAAGCUGUUGAAUGGGGUUUGACUGGUUGCAUUAAGUCCUUUCAGUUUUUUGUUGUCACGUUGUUUGUCAGCUUGUAGUGUUCUGUGCCAUUGUAGAAAUAGUCGGGCUGUACCUGACUGUGAUUGUACUUUGGUCCCAUGGAGGAUCCCCCAGCUAGUCUGGUCUCCCCUGGCAUUUCUGCAGAGGUGCUCAUCGACAGGCUAGUAAUGUACAGAAGGAAGCACUGUUCAGAAACAAAGGGAGAAUAACAUGGAUCAUUCUCCAACCUCCUAACUCUUUUAAAUCCUUGGUGGCUGCUAUUUGUCAGACUUUUGCCUCUUACCUUGCCAUAUUUAUACUUUUUACCCCACAUCAGACUAGUUUGCUCCUCAAGGAACAUUUCUAAAGGAGGUUUUUAACUUGUUUGGAAAAAUGGUCUAAACCCAUUUUUUCCCCUGGAUUUCAUGGUGGGCUAAAGUCUGUAUGUCCAAAGCAUGUUGCAUUUGUACUUAUAGUAGACUGAGGUAACUUUUAAAAAUAAUUUUUCUUAAUCUGAUGUUUGGAAGUUUUUUAUCAUUUUGUCACUUGAAUAUUCUAAUAUAAACUACAUUUGUGAAUGAAGUUUUUAAGUCAGUUUAGUAUUUACUGAAGGGUGUGUAUUUCUCCUUGUCAGAGGGUUCAUAGUAUGGAGGAGAAUGUGUUACAAUAGAAUACCAUGGUUUAUAAACAAUGCUGAACUGACACCACUAAAAGCAGAAGCCCUUUAUCCCCAGAGGAGCUGCAGCUUCUGGGGGGUCUUCUGGAGCUGGUAGAUGGUCCUGAGACUGUGCCUGACCCAUCCCAGAAGUGCUGCCUCAAAGGAUGAGAUCAUUUUUCUCAAAUCUCCAUCUGCAUUUGACUCUGUGCCUUUGGAGAUGGUGGGGGACAGUUACUAAUGCAUGUUAAAUGUGUGCACAUUUGUAGGCUUUGGGCUGAUGCUGUGAAACUCUUCACUAGGACAGUGAAUAACCAGGGAUGUCCGUGGCUUUACACAGCCCCAGCUGCACUCCUGUUUGCAUCAUGGAGCCAGAGGAGAGCUCUGUGCUUCUGCCAUUGCAUCCUUGAUCCCCAGUCCUAGCUUGUCUAAGCUUUACUUGCAGCUCAACACUUUUCCCUGAUGGCCUUCAUCUGUUGUAUAGCUGUCAGAUCGGCUGUACCCUUCAGAGAAGCAAUUAACUGCAGCAAUGUAUUUGUGUUUAGAGUUUAGCUACUAUAUGUUGAAGUUACUAUAUGUUGAAUCACUCUUGUGCUGUGAUUUUUGGGGUAGUUAGCUGUACUGUGUGCCCUGAAAUUUAGCACAGUAGGGUUGUUUCAGAAAGCAGGGGAGAGGUAAUCUUAACUGAUGCCACUUAGCAGUCCACUGUCUAGGAUCUGCACAUCUUGGUGUUUGUGUCUCAGUGUAGGUGAAAUAUUGGCAGUUCAUGAAUGGACUGAACAGACCAAAGAGCUUUUAUGGGGAAAGUAACUGGUUUGGAAUAGAUGCAUAACAAGAAAAUACAUGGCCUCGCUUGAGGAACAGGUAUAGCAAGUUCAAGGAUUUUGAAGAUGUGGUAAUGAGUAUGUGGGUAAUGAACAAAGUUCUGCUAUCUCUGAAGCCGAUGGAAAACUUGCAUUGAUCUCAUUGGGGCCAGAAUGUUGCCCAUGGCCUUUGCUUAGCAUUGAAGCACUGUCAUCCAUCCAAAAAAGAAAGAAAGAAAAACAAGAGAUAAAGAGAAGCUCUUGGUGGACUACAGAUUUCUUCUGCUUUUUUCUCUAUAUCUGCUUGUAAACGUUUUGAUGUCUUUGUAAUUAUGCUUUAUUUCAACAUUUUUCAGUAUUUCAAAUGCCACUGUUUUUAUAAUAAAACAUUAAAACUUUUGUCCAAA